UCACAUUCUUCUUGUUGAUUUUCGCUCCAGUCGAAAACAUGUGCGCCCGCGAGUAGUGCCGGAAUUUUCCGUUUAUUCAGUGGAAAAGUGACACAUUUCCUGCAAAAGGCAGUCGAAAACGAUGGCUAUCGAAACGAUUCAUCGCCCGGGUGCGCUAAAGCAAACCAACAAAACGCACAAACACGGCAAACAUGCGUCGAAGCGUGAGUUGGAACGCGUGGCGAAAGGUAAGGUGAACCUGAAAACACUGACCCGCCGGCCGAAUCGGCAGCAGUCGCGCGAUGAGCGACGCCAGCAGGCCAACCAGCUGCGCAAAAACAAACGCCAGGAGGCGAUCGCACUGAAGCGGGCCAUCGGUGGCGCACUGACGGCACCGUUCCUGACCUGCGUGCUGCCCCUGAACGAUAUGAUCGACCCGAACUCGGCCAUGGCCAUUCUGGAGGGUUGCGAUCCGGAGGCGACUGUGAUGAAGGUUUCGGAUCGUGUUCGUUACAUGAAUGUACCACGCUUCCGGCAACGCUUUUCAUUUGUCAUCCCCGAGACGGGGCACGGCCGGGAGCUGAACGUGCUCGAUGCGCUUAAAGUGUGUGAUUCCGUCAUUCUGCUGCUGACCGCCGUUGCUGGCGAGACGGACGAAGUGAUCGAUAAGGCCGGUGCGAAGGUGCUGAAUAUGGCCCUAACCCAGGGCCUUCCCACACCGAUGGUGUGUCUGAUGGACAUGGAAUCGAUCAAUCCGAAGAAGCGCUCCCAGGUGAAAACCAACAUCCAAAAGGCCGUUUCGACCGUACUGCCCGACGAGAAGGUGAUGCAGCUCGAUAAGCUAACCGACGCGCUGAACCUUUUGCGCCGCAUUGGUGGCCAAAAGCGCAAGGUGACGCACAAUCGCUGCAAUCGACCGCACAUGCUGGGCGAGCGGGUCGAGUACGUACCGAGUGCGCCCGAACCGGUGCAGUCGGAGCGUCCAACGGGAACGCUAAAGGUGACGGGUUUUGUGCGAGGUGUACCACUGUCCGUCAACCAGCUCGUCCACAUACCGGGGCUGGGAGAGUUUCAGCUCGAAUCGGUUGCCUUCCCGACCGAUCCGUACCGGAUGCGUAAGCUGGAGGAUGGAGAAAUGUCGAGUGAGGAGCAAAAGCCCCCGCUGGUGGCGGAUCCGGACCAGCAGACCAGUUUGCAGCGCGAGAACGUACCGGACGCGAUGGAUGCGGAGCAAACGUGGCCGACGGAAGAUGAAAUUGCAGCUUCGCGUGCAGAGAAUCAAAAGAAGCUCAUCAAGCGCGUCCCGAAGGGUAUGAGCGACUAUCAAGCCUCCUGGAUACCGGACAUCGAGGAGCAGGAUGAAGAUGAGGACGACGACGACGACGAUGAUGAUGAUGACGAUGAGCAGUACAUGUCUUGCGAGUCGGACACGGAAAGCAAAGUAGGCGGCAAGGACGGCGAAACCGACGACGAUGGUCAGCAGUUCGACGAGAUCAGCGUGUCGGAAGAGAUCAGCGCCGACCGGUACGACAAGGAGAUGGAUCUGGAGGAGGAGCGCAGCACGCUGGCCAAAAUCCAGGCGGCAAAGGUGGACGAAAUAUUCCCCGACGAGAUCGACACACCGGCGGACAGGCCGGCCCGGGAGCGGUUCAUCAAGUACCGUGGGCUGGAAUCGUUCCGCACCUCGCCGUGGGACGUGAAGGAGAAUCUGCCGUUCGAUUACGCCCGCAUUUAUCAGUUCCAAAACUUUGACCACACCAAGCGGCGCAUUCUCCGCGAGGCACAGCAGAAGGAGGGCGACGAUGUGGUAAUGCCGGGCUGGUACGCCCGCCUGCACGUGAAGAAUGUGCCGCAGGAUCUGUGGACUGCUUUCACAUCGGCCGGCAACGGCGAGCGACUGAUCGUGUACGGGAUGCUACCGCACGAGCAGCAAAUGUCCGUCAUGAACGUGUGCUUGAAGCGAACGCAAAACUCAACGAUUCCGAUCCAAUCGAAGGAACGGCUGAUCGUACAGUGCGGCUACCGGCGGUUCAUCGUGAACCCGAUCUACAGCCAGCACACGAACGGGGACAAACACAAGUACGAACGGUUCUUCCGCCCGGGGAUGGCGGUGGUGGCGACGUUCUUCGCGCCGAUUCAGUUCCCGCCGGCACCGAUCCUUUGCUUCCGCGAGAAUCCCGACACCUCGCUGUCGAUGGUAGCGUCCGGCAGCCUGUUGGCGUGCAAUCCCGACCGGGUGGUGCUGAAGCGCGUCGUGCUGAGUGGCCAUCCGUACAAGAUUAAUCGCAAAUCGGCCACGAUACGGUACAUGUUCUUCAAUCCGGACGAUGUGGCGUACUUUAAGCCGUGCAAGCUGCGCACGAAGCUGGGACGGGUUGGGCAUAUUAGGGAAUCGCUCGGUACGCACGGACACAUGAAGUGUGUGUUUGAUGCGCAGCUGAAAUCGCACGACACGGUACUGUUGUAUCUGUACAAGCGUGUGUUUCCCAAGUGGACGUACGAGGAUUGUGUCGUAUCGUGCCGUGACGUUGAAGGUGAGGGAGGUGAAUCGAGCGCCUCGAGCGCGGUACCGAAAGGCGAACGUUCCGUAACGUUCAACGCCAAGGUGGAGAUGAUGCAGGAGUGAAGAGUCGGAGGCGGGGUUAUUGUGUCGCUAUUGAAAAAAAUACAAUUAUAUUGCAUUUCAUCA